AGAAACUUGUCCGACCGUAGAAGAAGAAGUUAGCCGAAGACUGCAGCGUUUUCUGUAAGACCGAUCAAAUGUGUAAAUGAAGAGUGAAGAAACAUUAUAUAGUUUUUUGGUUGAGUUUAUUGUAUUAAAAACUUUACCGUAUUUAGUGAACAAACACUUCCUGUCUCGAGCGCGGGUUCAGUCUGACGUCACUCAGAUAUCUGCUUCCGGUCGCUGAACUGCGGGAAAUCAAAACAGAGAAGACAGGUUCUGGAGUACGAGCGUGACUACAUGUGCACAAAGUGCAAACACGUGUUUAAGCUGCAGGCUGAUUUCCACCAGUUCUACACGUUUGUCCCUCCGGCCGGCUGCCCAAACCCUGACGGCUGUAACUCCUUCAAGUUCAGCUGUCUGCCUGGAGGCUCAGAGCUGGCGUCCUGCAGGGACUACCAGGAGAUCAAGAUCCAGGAGCAGGUGCAGAGGCUGUCAGUGGGCAGUAUUCCUCGGUCUUUAGUGGUGGUUCUGGAGGAUGACCUGGUUGACAGUUGUAAGUCCGGAGAUGAAGUGACGGUGUACGGCGUCAUGUGUCUCCGCUGGAAGCCCUUUUCUGACYGUGUUCGCUGCGAUGUGGAGCUUGUGCUUAAAGCCAACUACACUGAAGUAAACAACCAGCAGGCUGCAGCUUCUCUCCUGGUCAAAGAUGUCCAGAAAGAGUUUGAAGAGUUCUGGGAAAACCACAAGUCUGAUCCUUUAGCUGGMAGGAACCAAGUUCUGUUGAGUCUGUGCCCGCAGGUUUUUGGCAUGUAUGUGAUUAAACUGGCCGUGGCCAUGGUUCUGGCUGGUGGAGUACAGAGAACCGAUUCCUCUGGGACCAAGAUAAGAGGAGAGUGUCACAUGUUGCUGGUUGGUGAUCCUGGUACGGGGAAGUCUCAGUUUCUGAAGUAUGCAGCUAAGAUCAUAGCUCGCUCCGUGCUCACCGCUGGGAUCGGAUCCACGAGUGCUGGUCUGACAGUGGCUGCAGUGAAGGAUGGAGGGGAUUGGCACCUGGAGGCCGGAGCCCUGGUUCUGUCUGAUGGUGGUUUGUGCUGCAUCGACGAGUUCAACAGCAUCAAGGAGCACGAUCGCAUCAGCAUUCAUGAAGCUAUGGAGCAGCAGUCCAUCAGUGUGGCUAAAGCUGG